UGGGUCCACCAUCUCCCUCCAGGAGGCCCUCGGCUGUUCCCAGUGAGCCUGUGGAUGCCACUCGAGAUGUCCCCUUUUGGCUGCUGGGGCCUGCCUGCCGCCCUUCUUGCCCUGUUCUGCUGCCCAGGAUCUGGUGAGGGGUUCGAGGUGCACAUGUAUCCGGAGCAGCUUGUGGUGGAGCCUGGAGGGUCAAAGUUGAUCAACUGUAGUACCAGCUGUGCCCAGCCGCAGACCGGUGGCCUGGAGACCGCCCUAACCAAGACCCUGCUGGAGUCGGGAGCUCAGUGGAAGCAGUACUUGGUCUCCAACAUCUCCCAGGACACAGUCAUCCACUGCUACUUCACCUGCUUCGGGAAUCAGAAGUUAAAGAGCCUCAACAUCAGCGUGUUCUACCCUCCAAAGCAAGUGCUGCUGAAGCUGCAGCCCGCGUGGGUGGCUGUGGGGAGAUCCUUCACCGUCGAGUGCCACGUGCCGGCUGUGAAACCCCUCGAGAGCCUCACUCUCACCCUGCUCCGUGGCCAGGAGGCCCUGUGCAACAAGACCUUUGCGAGGGGAGACAGUGGCACCCGAGGGGCCACGGCCACACACAACAGCACGGCUCACAGGGAAGACGGCCACCACAACUUCUCGUGCCACGCCCGCCUAGAUCUGCGGUCUCUCGGCGGGGGCAUCGUUCACCGUGUCUCCGAGCCCCAGAUGCUCAAGGUCUAUGAGCCCAGGCCAGACAACCAGAUGGUCGUCAUCAUCUCUGUCGUGUCGGUGCUGCUGUUCUUGUUUGUGACAUCCAUCCUCCUGUGCUUUGUCUUGGGCCAACACUGGCGCCAGAGGCGGAUGGGCGCUUACGGGGUACAGGAUGCUUAAGCAGGGCCGAAGUCGGGCCGACUGGGCACAGCCUACAUGAGUGGCACGGCCACCAGCGCCGCAGCCCCUGGAACUCAGCACGACUCCUCGGGAUCGUGGUCCAGCCCUGGCUACAGGACUGUAACAAGCAGCCGAGGACAUCGGGGUCAUUUCCUUUUCUAGUCUGCAUAUAAACACCUGGACUUAACCCUG